UGUGAGCAUCGUCUGCGCUUUGUGGAGCCUUUCCGUUCGGAGGACUCGUCCGUGAUGGCCGCCGCUAAACCCGCAAGGAAGCCCGUCAAGAAGACCAAGAAGGGGGUCUCCGGCACCGGCAAGAAGGUCGGAGGCAAAAAGGGUCAACUGAAGUACUUCGUUGACUGCGCCCACCCCGUCGAAGAUGGCAUCAUGAAAGUCAGCGAGUUCGAGGCCUUCCUGAACAGCAGGAUCAAGGUUAACAACAAGACCAACAACCUUGGCAAGGACAUCGUCGUGUCCCGCGAGAAGAACAAGAUCCUCAUAACCUCGAACAUCGCGUUCUCUAAGAGGUAUUUGAAGUAUCUCACCAAGAAGUACCUGAAGAAGGCCGGCGUUCGCGACUGGCUCCGUGUCGUUGCGACCACGAAAGACGCCUUCGAGCUCGUGUACUACAAGGUGCCCAACGAAGACGAGGGCGAGGAAGAAGAGGGAAACGAAUAAAGUGUUCGAAUCAAUAAAAACAGAACGCUGUCUCUCUCGUCAGAAACAA